AUGGUCGGCAGUGGGGACAACCGGUGGCGCCGAGUCAAAAUUGUGACAUUUGCGCAAGUUAAGGAACAACAGAACCUCGCGCGUGUUCUGGGCAAACGUGAAUUCCAGUCAGCCGCCCUUUUCGACAAACAUACGCAAAUUCCUACAGAAAACAUAGUUGUCAGGAUGGUGUUUGGGCACUACAUUCCCCCGUUGGGGCUGAAGAACUUGCACAGCUACAAGUACUCGUCGGGAGGAUAUACACCGUUGGACAAGGUCAUGAACCCGUGGUGGGAAUUUGUUGCGUCCCUUGUUCCAGCUACAGUCCACCCGAACGUUCUGACUGUUCUUGGUUUCCUCUGCGCCAUUGGGGCAUCCAUUCUGCAGCUCACCUAUUCGGUGACGUUGUCUGAAGAAGCACCUCGGUGGGUGUAUCUUGCAGUUGCCUUCCUCUUUUUCCUUUACCAAACAUUCGACGCAAUUGAUGGGAAGCACGCGAGACGGAACAGUCUGAGUUCUCCGCUCGGCCAGCUUUUCGACCAUGGAUGCGACAUCAUUCUUGCCACCCCUCUCACGUUAGUCAGCAUCGCCGUCAUUACCGCGGGCACGGGCAUCGUGCAGCACGCCAUAGCCAUGUCGAGCUCCCAGGCGCUCCAGUUCAUCUACAUGUGGUGGGAACUGCAUUUCCACGUGUUCUACGCCGCCACGGGCUUUCUCGGCGUGACGGAGGCGCAGAUGGGGGUCAUGGCCAUGGCGCUCGUUUCCGGGACUGUCGGCCCGUGGGUGUGGCGAUACAAUCUCCUGAAACUGCUUCCUUCCCCCCUCAAGGACAUGGCUGGGUCCGUCAUGAGCAUGUUCAAUACGGAUUUGAACGGCCUCUUCCUUGUCCAGGCUACCCUCGUUGCUUGCAAUCUGCCAGCCCUCGUGUACGACGUCGUUAUGGGGAUCGUGCGAGCACCGAAACGGCCUCUGGCUGCCUCUCAGAUAUUCGGUUUGAUUUGCUACAUGGUUCUCCAAGGAGCGCUGUGGCACACGUGCCUCGAGGGCCCCUUGGAAGCUCGGACAUCGCCGGGGCUCGUCUACUUCACAGUGACAACAUCCUACAGUAUCUUGCUGCUGCGAAUCUGCCUGAGUGCGACUUGUCGUUUCCCGUUCAAACUCGUUAACUUCCCCGUCGUUCCUUUCUUCCUCACGGCCGCCGGCAUCGUCACGUCGCCAUGGUGCCGCACGCAUCGAUACGCUCUUCUUGCAAUGGUGAGCAUUUGGAACGUUGUCUACCUGGCCGACUUCUUGUACACAAGUGUUUCAGAUGUCUGCAGUUCUCUGGACAUUUCUUGCUUUCGGGUGGAUUAUUGCAAAAAGAAAGACGGUGCGCAGAGCGCCAAGGGUACGCCUGGAACCGCCGAGGGUGAGACUCAGGGACUGAAGCGACGUGGCAAGGCUGCGGAGCUUGUUGCGCACGAAGACGAGAACAUCCCAGUGGCGACCGUCUCCUCGAGGGAAAACAGACGGCGAGGGGCUUGA